AUGCAGGGAAUGAGAGGCUCUACGCUGAGUCACUGGUGCAGGGAACCACGCUGGCUCAAUGAAAAAGACAUGCUGGCAUUUGUCUUGGUCUCUGGCUCGGUGUGGAUCCUGUUAGAGCUGAGUUCGACGCUGAUGGAGAGGAUGCAGUCUCAGGACCUGAUGACCGGCCUGGGCGUCCCCGAGGACUGGGGCCAGUGGGUUCGGUCUCUGCCAGCCUCAGCUCUGGUCGGGAUCGGGGCCCUCACCGCCGUGCUGGCCUACUGGCUCACCACCAGACCCAGACCCAUCAGCCCACCCUGCAGCCUCCAGCACCAGUCCGAGGAAGUCCCGAAUGAAGGAGGCGGGCGGAGAUCAAUGAUGGGAGACCGGACCAAUCUGCUCACACAUUAUCACGAUGAUGCUCGCACACUGUACGAGGUGUUCCAGAGAGGCCUCAACAUCGCCGGUGACGGCCCGUGCCUCGGCUCUCGGCUCCCGAACCAGCCGUACAAAUGGCUGUCGUACAGAGAGGUAAGUGUGCGGGCGGAGAACCUGGGAUCCGGGCUGCUGCACCAGGGCUGUGAGCCAAACCCAGACCAGUUCAUCGGAGUCUUCGCUCAGAACCGACCCGAGUGGUUCAUCUCAGAGUUGGCCUGUUACACUUACUCUAUGGUGGUGGUUCCUCUGUACGAUACACUGGGAGCAGACGCCAUCCGCUUCAUCAUCAACACAGCGGACAUCUCCACGGUGAUCUGCGACCGCUCGGACAAAGCGCUGGUUCUUCUGGAGAACGUGGAGCGGAGACAGACGCCGUGUUUGAAGAGAGUGAUUCUGAUGGACGCCUGUGACCAGGACCUGCAGCAGAGAGGGGACAAGUGUGGGGUCCACGUCCAGAGCCUGCUCCAGGUCGAGGCGCUGGGCAGAGAUCACUACAGGAAACCUUUGCCUCCUUCAGCAGACGAUCUCUCCAUAGUCUGCUUCACCAGCGGCACCACAGGAGACCCUAAAGGCGUCAUGCUCACUCAUGGGAACGUGGUCGCAGACUUCGGUGGAUUCCUCAAAGUCACUGAUAAAGUAAUUUUCCCAAAUCAGGACGACUGCCUCAUCUCCUUCCUGCCGCUGGCUCACAUGUUCGAGAGACUCAUCGAGUCUGUGGUGUACUGUCAUGGAGGGAGAAUCGGUUUCUAUCAGGGCGACAUCCGUCUUCUCUCUGACGACAUGAAGGCUCUGAGGCCGACCAUCUUCCCUGUGGUGCCGCGCCUCCUCAACCGCAUGUAUGACAAGAUCUUCAGUCAGGCCAACACACCGCUGAAGCGAUGGCUGCUCAACUUCGCUGCCAAAAGGAAAGAAGCAGAAGUGAGCAGAGGAGUGAUCCGCAGCGACAGCAUCUGGGACAAGGUCUUCUUCAGCAAAAUACAGGCGAGUCUGGGAGGUCGUCUGCGAAUGAUCAUCACCGGCGCGGCCCCCACCUCCCCCUCGGUCUUGGGCUUCCUCCGCGCUGCUCUGGGUUGCCAGGUUUAUGAGGCCUAUGGUCAGACCGAGUGCACAGCAGGAUGCACCUACACCACUCCGGGAGACUGGACCUCAGGUCACGUUGGUGCACCUCUGCCCUGUAACCUCAUCAAACUGGUGGAUGUCCCAGAGAAAAACUACUUUGCAUCAAAAGGAGAAGGAGAGGUGUGUGUGAAGGGCCCCAACGUGUUCAAAGGUUACCUCAAAGACCCAGUGAGGACCGCAGAGACUCUGGACCCAGACGGAUGGUUGCACACGGGGGACAUCGGCAAGUGGCUCCCGAAUGGGACCCUGAAGAUCAUCGACCGUAAGAAGCACAUCUUUAAACUGGCUCAGGGAGAGUACAUUUCCCCCGAGAAGAUCGAGAACAUCUACAUCCGCAGUGAGCCGGUCACACAGCUCUACGUGCACGGGGACAGUCUGCAGUCAUGUUUGGUUGGCAUCAUUGUCCCCGACCCAGAGUCCCUGCCAGAGUGGGCCAAGAAGAAGGGGCUGACGGGGUCCUACCUGGAGCUGUGUGCAAACCCGCUGCUGAAAAAGGCCAUUCAAGAGGAUCUGGUGCGACUGGGGAAAGCCAGUGGUCUCCACUCCUUCGAACAGGUGAAGGAGAUCCACAUCCACAAUGAGAUGUUCUCUGUCGCUAACGGGCUCCUGACCCCAACGCUGAAGGCCAAACGACCCGAGCUCCGAGAGUUUUUCAAAACGCAGAUUGAAGACUUGUACAGCAGCAUUUCCCUCUGA